AUGGAAUAUGAAGCGAAUCAGAUUUUGAAUAGAAAUAGAGCACAAGCUGCUGGUCGUCCUUAUGGAAAUCAGAAUAUUGAAAAUCGACAUAACCCCCAGCAACAAUGGUUUUGGGGUCAAAGAGGUGGACGUCACCGAUUGGAUCUUGGUAAUGAGUUUCGACAACAACCAGAUGUAAUGGCAAAUGUUAAUCUGCAACAGGAUUUUGAAGUAGGAGUUGAACAAACUUUAAAUCCUGAGGAAACAUUUUCAAGGAUGGUAGAAGAUAUUGUUCGUAAAGAGUUGGGUACAGAGAUUCCAGAGUUUUCUGGAGAAGAUGAGGAACGACCCGAAGAUUACAUAAGUUUAUUUGAAUUGCAAUAUAGUUCAGUAAGCAACAAUGCUUUGAUCAAGUUGCGUUUGUUCCCUUAUUCCUUAGAACGGACUGCUUUUGAUUGGGAUACUGCACAAUUGGCAAUUGUUGAUUUGUCAGAGAUCCGACAAAAGUUUGGGGAAACUGCAGAGAAUUCAAGAUUACAAGGUAAAGCUAGCUGUUGCACCGCAUUCCGUCCGAUCUUUGAAUCAUUUGGCGGAUAUUCUAAGAAGAUGCGAGAAGGUAAUCAGGGAAAGGCAAAGCAGUGGUUCAACAAAAAUUCGGUAGCGGAAGUAAAUCAAAACCAUUGGGUGCAAGAUGAAGACGAUGAUGAGUAUGAUGUAAAUGUUGUUGAAAUCGUCAAUGUCCGAAACUAUAUUUGUGACGCAUUACGUCGACCUGUAGUGCCACAUUCUUACAACACUCCUCCACCGGUAGGAGCACCACCAGGAACUCCAGGACAAGCUGAUGGAGCUAAUAUUGGACGGACUUGGGUACAGAAAGAGACGCAGUUAGAUCCAGAACAAGAGAAGUUAAGGGUUGUAUCAUAUGCCAUUCUGAGUUCUUUGAAUCAAAAUCGUCAGGCGAAUACGCAACAUCCAGAAAGACGGCAAGAUCACCAAUCGUUAGUAUGGCAUCGGAUUAAAAGGCUGGUGCCACUGAGUAACGUUGCACCAAGGGCAGUUAGAACAGCAUCUAUACAUGAAAGAAAACGGCUUCAUGUAACUCAUCCAAAAUUCCCUAAUCAAGCGUCGACGGGAGUAAGGAUGAUUAGAACUCAAAAAUGUCGAUGGCAACAGGUAAUGAAUAAGCAAGCAAGGGUGGAAUCAGAGAAGGAGAAAGUACUUGCAAAGACUGAAUCACCAGUUCAACAAGACAUGGCCAUAAUUAGGUUUUCUGGACAAGAAGAAAGACGACCACAUUUGUGGGGAAAGUCAUAUAUCUAUUUCCCGCCGGUAAAUAUUGUUACAAACCCCUUCAUCUGCGCAGUCCUAGUUUCCAAGACUGUUGCACACCGGGUAGCAGUUCCAGAAGCAACUUCCUUUGUAAUGGGGCCACAUGAUACUACAGUCGGUGGAAUUCAGUUGCUUUCACAAGAAGGAAGGAAUCAAGUUAUCAUGCUAUCUCAACCAGCAGAAGAUGUUGCAUCUCAUCUCAGGCAAUUGUACAUUUGA